UUCACAGCGCCAACACACUGCAUGAAAUCAUGAAGGUUGCUUCUGCUCUGCUUGUCUGUGCUCUGUGUUUCCUGGGCCUGAAUGCUCAGUGCCCGGAACCGAACACCCUGAAAGACAUUGAGGGCAACAAGGUCUGUGCUCGCAUGUAUGAAGACAGCAACUACUACUACGAUCAGAGCUGUGGGGGAGAGUACAUCGAUGCCUAUCCCAAUGAUGAUGUCCCUAUCAUUCCAUGGCGCUGGAACAACCGCAUAUCUUCUCUGGUGGUGAACAAGCUGUGCAGUCUGACUGUGUGGUCUCGCGUCAAGAAAAAUGGAAGCAAGAAGAAGUUUUCAUCUGGCAUCGUGUACCGCCUUAAAGACGUGCAGCAGGGCUUGUUUGGCAGCUGGGAAAAUGACAUCUCUGCGUAUUACUGCGUGUGCUAGAUACUGCUGAAGCAGGCAGAGGAGAAGAGACUGAAAAUCAACCAAUGAUCAACCAGUUGUGUAAUCUGUCAAGUUUGAAAUGUGCAGACUUAAAUGUUUUGACAAUUAAUAAAAGCAAUGAAUCUUU